AUGCAAACAUGUUCAAAGAUCAAGGAAUCUGUCAUUAUCCCAUCUGAUAUUCCUUUCAGCAUUGUCACUCGAUCCAGCCAUCUCCACCUGCCAGGAUUCAGAUCUGAGUUCUGCCCUUCUGUCGAACUCUCCCAUUCGUCGCGCCGCCGCCGCCGCUUCGGCCUUGCUGUCCACGCUGCCCCUUCCGGCCUCGUCGUCGGCCGUCCGUGCCGCCUCCUCCGGCCUCGCCGUCCGCGUCGCCCCCUCCGACAAAUCGCCAGGGAGGUCGCCUUCUGCAAGCGCCGCAACGGCCUCCUCAAGAAGGCGUACGAGCUCUCAAUGCUCUGUGACGCCGAGGUCGCGCUCAUCGUCUUCUCCAAAUCUCCAGCCGCGGCCGCCUCUACGAGUACGCCCGCCCAACAACAGAGGGCACCGAUCACCGGGCAGGGAGUGCGUAGCGGUGAGGCAAAAGCUAAGAAACUGCAAGAUGAGCAGCUUAAGUGUCUAAAGAAGAACCAUGUCAAUACCCCUAAGCCCAAGUUUGAUGCGCUAAGGAAAGGCAAAGCUCCCGAAUUCACUCCUUGUCGAACAUCUGCCCAGCCCACUUCGAACAAAGGUGUAGCAUUUUCUAGUUCCCGUCGUCAGCAAAAACCUUCCACAUCCUCAGGAGAAGAAAGCAACCCUGUAUACGCUGAACUGUCAUGUGCCAUUCAUGACAAUUUGUUCCAGGAUGGCAUUUCGGAAUUGGAUAGCACAGAGGUUGUUCGCAGUGUUAUAUACGACAUAAUUCAGAAAGGUGGAGAUGCUGGGAAAAUUACCAAGGGAGCCAAAAAGUUGAAGCUUGAAAAAGGGAUUCUUUUGGAUAACUAUGUUCAGAGGGGUCCUAGAUUAGUGGAUGCCCAGGCAAGAUCUUUGUUGAUUCACUCAAAGCGAUCAAAAAGGCACAUGUCACUGAAGCAACAUAAGAAAUGUGGUUCGUUUGAUUUAGAUGGUACAUUUCACAAGUUUGACCUCUAUAAGCCAAUGUAUGAGAUGUGGAAGGAGUAUAUCAGAGAGCUUACCAAAAUAACCCCAGACUUGGGGUACAUCAUCUCUGAGAGACUCAAUGAAAGAAAAUUGAUUAUUCUCAGGAAAAAGCAGUUGUCAGAAAACCUCCUUUCAGCCGAUCUUCAUGGGGCCCUUCUAAUAGUGGCAGAAUGCAAAGCAGCUUCAUAUCAAGGUGUUAGUGGCAUCAUGAUUCGGGAUACUGCAGAAACUUUUGGAAUCAUAUCAGAGGACAAUCGCUUCCGAGAACCUGCAGCUGUACCAAAAGUUGGUUCAGUUUUCAUCCUCCAAGCGGACUGCUGGAAGGUCACACUGAUCGGGGGCAAACUCUCGCCCAAGGAGAAGUUGAAGGAGGACCAGCGUCAGCAGCGUGCGCAGUCACUGAUCAGAUAGUUUCCAAUUUGUUGGCUGUUCUUUCAAAAAAAUUGCCCCACAGGAGCAUGUACAGUUAUUUAUUUAUUUACUCUUAUCACUGAAGCUUAAUGGCAAUUUAUCACGCUUCCCCA